AUGUCCCGCCCCCGCCGCGACGCCGUCCGCGGCGCGCGCGCGCUCGCGCCCGCCGUGGAAGACGCACCCGUGCGCACGCGCGACGACGCGCGAUCGAGCGAUUCGAGCGAGGACGAGGCCCGCGCGCGACGGCGCGAUAAACAUCUGACGACGCAAAAGUUUGUUGAAUCCAUCGCCAACGCCAAGGGCGCGUUAUUAGCGGAAGACGUCGAAAGACUGUACGCCGCGCGGUGCGAAGAGGUGGCGCACGAUGGACGCGAUCAGAGCGACACGGAGAGCGACGCGAGCGAGGAGGAGAGGGGAAAGUGGUGGCCGCUGACGGCGGUGACGACGCCGAAGAGCGCGGCGGAGGCGUGCGCGGCGGAGGCGAAACGAGCGGAAGAGGAAGGUAUCGUGCCCGAGGGAACGAUGGCGACGUCGGAACUAAUGAUACAUAAUUGGUUUCAUCUUUCGGAGUCGCUCACGCGGUGGCGACGCGCGGGGACGAUGGUGUUGACGCCGCCGCCGGAUGAGUUGCGAUGUCACACGUGUAGAGACUUUGCCGCGGAGCCGUUGGUGAACGCGCAGGGGCGGUUGUUUUGCGCGCCUUGUGGACGCGAAAAUGAGGGAGAUGCGCGCGCGAAGCUUUUUGGGUUGGACGUACAGACGCAGAUGCGCUUAGAUGCGUUACCGGUUAUGUGCUGCAACGUGGCGACGCCGCACGCGGGUGGGGACAAUUUAGUGUGGAAAGUCGCCUUGGACGGCUGCCGAGCGGUUUCCACGCUGGGCAAAGUGCGCGCGCACGAGGAAACGUGCGAGUACACGCUUAUGAGGUGCUCGUUGCCGGCAGAGAGCACGAACAAGGCAGAGAAAUGCCACGCGGUGGUGCCGCGACGCACGAUGGAUUCGCACCGAGCGACGUGCGAAUACAGGAUUCAAAAGUGCGCCGACUGCGAUCGAUCGGUACAAGUGCGUAAGAUGCGCGCACACGUGAUGAUUUGUGGUCAAAUUGAAGUGCACUGUCCGUAUAGACGGUGUAAGUGGCGCGGCGCUCGCGACGGCGUCGACGCGCACGUGGCAACAGAAUGUUUGUUGCACCCCGUCGUGUGUCGACUCGAAGAUUCGGAAACGCGAGAGACUUGCAAAGAGACGGUGCCGCGCGAACGCAUCGCUCAGCACAGAGCGUCGUGUCAGUACCAACAACGACCGUGUGAAUACUGCACUCGCGAAGUGAGCUUACGAAGAAUGGGCGAUCACAAGCUACGAUGCAAAGCUAGGGAGUUUCAAUGCCCACUGUGCCGGCGCAUCAUGCCCGCUGAGCAACGCGAAUCACAUGAAAAGACGACGUGCCCGAUGAUUGAGUCUGUGUGCGAGCACGCGCGGUUUGGAUGCGAUGUGAAGGUUCCAAAAGAGCACUAUAGACAGCACGCCAUAGAAUGUUUCCCCGAACACGUCGCACACGUGGCGUUCGGCACAGAUGGUGUCUCCGAAUUCGUGAGCGCGCCGAGCGAUGAUCAAGUCGACGCUGUUGAGUUGUUGAAACGCAUGCAACGCAACCGCGAAGCGAUGCUCGCCGAUUUCGCAAGUUUCGAAACAAUGUGUCAUAAGGUGUCGUGCAAACUCAAUGCGCGCGCCGAGCUAUGUUCAACCGCAUCUCACGCGGCGAAAGAUGUGGAAGAAACCACAGCGGCGUUUGAGCGUCAAGCAGAACGCGAACGAUGCGCGUCCGCGUUUGCGCUUCGAGAAAAGCACUCCCUUGACCGUGACGAGGAUUACAACGACAUGAUCGUCUCCCGCAACCUCGUUGGUGCGCGAAUAAUCGACGAAAUGCGUCGCUUCGACGAAACCACGGCGAAAUUGCGUUUGAAAUCCGAGGCGCUCUACGCCGCGCUCGACGAAAAGCGCGACUUCGCGACGCGCCGUCUCGAGGACGAGAUCGACGCCCACACACCCGCCGCCGAUCUCAUCGCCGACGCAAAAGACGAAGCCACCAAAUACGUCGCCACCGUCGACGCCGAGCGCCGCCGUCUCGCGGCGAGACUCAUCGACAUGAAAUCGAACGUCUUUUCCGCCAAGAUGUCCUUGGUCGAAAACGUCGAGCACCGCAAGCGGCGGAGCGAAACCCUUCGCGCGAAGCUCACCGCGUUCGCCCGCGGCGAGCGCUUCGUCGACGGCGACGGCGUUCACACCACCCAUAGUUAG